GGUGGUGGUUUCCACCACCGGGAAUCCGGCAGAUUUCUCCAGGAAAGGCAGAGGUGAAGGGCGCAGUGUGUGGGUUCUGCUGCGGGUGACACCAGGCUUGUGUCCCAGCAGGACAAUCAGAGCAUCCCACCUUGCUUCCUGGGGCCAGCUGGGAAUAGCUGCUGCUGGCUUUGCCCACCAGCAUUGCUGAUGGAGCAGAAUAUUCCACCAGGCAGCAGAAAUGCUGUUCCCAGCUGGCGGGCUGAGGUCUGCCGCCUCCCUAGAGAUGCUGCCUGCCCAUGUCUCUGUAAAUCAUUCCUGCCCGAAGCCCAGGGGAGUGCUGGCUGGCACCUUGCUGCUGGGGCUUUGCUUUUUCCUCAUGCCCAGGGCCUCGAAGGCAAAUGGGUGCAUGUGAGCCCUGCUCUUGGCGAGGUGGGGGGAAACGGGGCAGGGGCAAAGCCCUUCAUUAAGAUGUUAUGCUGUGAAAUAACCCCAUGGCACUUCCCUGGCACCCGAGACCUUCGGGUUUGGCUCCAGGUGGUCUCCCCCGGUGGGACCUCGUCCUGGGGGGGGGAUGAGCUGGCGCAUGGUCUUGCUUCAUCCUGCAGCAGAAAAACCCAAACUUCUGCCCGUCCUCCCUCCCUUCCCCUUCCCCUCCUCUCCCUCCCGCUCCUCUCCCCUGCCGCCCCCCGCGGGCCGGCCCGGGCGGGGCCAGGCUGAGGCUCAGGCUCCCUCCCCCGCCGGGGAUCCUGCCGCCGCCGCCGCUUCUCGCCGGAGCUGGGGCCAGGCAGCGCCGCAGGAUGGACUUCCCUGACUCCGCAGGUCCUGCUGCCCUCCCCAAGCAUAUCCUGGACAUCUGGGUCAUCGUCUUGAUCAUCCUGGCCACCAUCCUUGUCAUGACGGCCCUGGUGCUCUGCCCUGCCACUGCUGUCAUCAUCUACCGCGUACGGACUCACCCCACACGCAAUGGCAUUGUGUGAGGCGGAGACGACGAGGGACAGCCAGCUUGCUGGGCAGGGGGCCAUGACUGUGAGACCCUGUGCCAGGGACCCUGCAGAGCCCAAUGGGGGACCUCGAGAGCUGGGGAGAGACGGGCAGGAGCCAGGGUGAGCCAGCACCCGGACACCUGCCCCUGUACCUGGCUCUCAUCAGGUGAACCCACUGCCUCCUAUUUACCCACCGAGCUCACGAGGACUGUUGGGGAGAUGGUGGCCUGGGCACCAGUGGGAAGACGUAUGACUUCACGGAUGUGUUCAACUAGAAACAACUUGCUCCCAUGAGGCAGGCAGGCUGGUCUCACUUUCACUGGCAACCCUGUCUCCUCCCAGGCAAGCAGCAAGGAGUGGAAAUGCCUGGCAAAGUUAUUUCUUUGUUGGAGUCCCGCCUGUUGGGGUGGUUGGGAAAGCAGGGGCAAAGCAAGAUGGAUGUGGCUUCUGGUUGUGCAUUCAGAGACUUGGCUAAAAGCAUUGGUGACAGAGCCUGUCCUGGCUGCACAGCAGGUGUGCAGCUGGCACUGGCUUCUCCUCUAUCAUAUGUCUGCUGUCACCCUAUGGGGUGCUCAGUUCCUCUGGGUCUUGUGGAGCAGAGGAGUGUGGGCAGCUCCUGCCUGCCUGCCUGCAUGCCAGCUGUGCUCAGUGCUCCUGCCGAUGGUGAGGGCCCUCACUGUUCGCCCAGUGCACCGGCCCCGGUGGGUGAGGCUGCAUGCCCCUCGCCUGGGCAGGCAAAGUGGGGGGAGCAGAGGAGUUCGUGCCCAGACAGUGGUAGGGACCAUGUAAGCUCUUAGAUUGCCCUUUGCUAUGAAAUAAAUGGACUUUAUUCGUGUAA